UCAUUCAAUUUUUCUUUCGUAAAGUAGUGUCAUUGUUAGCUUCCGAAAUUUUCGAAAAUUUAUCUGUGAUCCUUUUUUUUUUGAUUUUUUUUCAACACGAUGGAAAAUCAAAAUUUGGAAGAAAAUUUCAAGUUGUUUUAUCGCAUUGCAAAAGCAUUGAUUUUAGAGCUCAAUGACGAAGACAGGGUCCUUGCAGCCCAAUGGCUACGCAAGUUAGCCUCAUGCCAGUCCCCCGAAGACUCCGAACGGCGAAACCACUACAUGACACUGCUGUUGAUCACUCUGCAGCAGAAACGAAUAGUGGGACCGUUCAAGAAGACCCCGGAUGCCGGCAACAACUUGGAACAAUUGCCGAACGAACUGCAAGCUAACGACAUCCAGAAGUUGCUCGAGGAAGAUUUGGCCAAAACUCCCCUGCCUCCGCUAGCCCAGUUCGGACUUGCCGGCGGUAAACUGUCGACGGAGUUUGCCGUAACGCAGGAGAUUCCGAAGUUUGGGGCCCACUUUUACUACGUGUACACGCUGGAGCCCAUCUAUGACUUCCAGCGAGCAUACCAGUCGCGAAUUCCACCCCCGAUGCGGGGCCCAUCGCAAUCUACUAUGCGGGAUCUGAAUGCCGGCGUGGAACAUCUGCUUCGAUCGGAAAAGAAAAAGCUUAAGGUCACCGUCGAUCAGCUGGGGCGCAAGCAAAUCAAGAUCCGCGAUGAACACUUUGCCGAGUUUUCCGGAGCCGGUAGACCCCGUCAAAUUCCGAAACGACUCCAAAAGCGCUUAGGAUUCAAACCGCCCGAGCCAGAACUCCAGGAAGUGGAAGCUCCGCUCACCAGCUUUGUGCCGGAAGCAAGUCCACCAAGGCGAACGCCUCAACCGUCAACAUCGACAGCAACCUUUGAAGCAUCUGUUGAAACAACCGUUGCGGCAGCGGUUGGUGCUGCUGUUGCGGCUGCCGCUGGUACUCCUCGAAGAACGAGUGGCAUUCCGAAGCCAUCGAGAUCGAUCCCCAAAAGACCACACACCAUCGCCAGACCGUCCGGUGGGAUACCGAAGUACACAGGCGCAAUUCCGAAGCCGUCAAGAGGUAUACCGCCUCCACAAGCAGCUCCUCGUGCUGCUACGCCAGUCGUUGAAGUACAGCCUCCCUCGCCUGUUCGAGCUCCGCCGGCAGCGGUCCGUACCCCACCGGCAUCGGUUCGUACUCCACCGGCGCAAGUCCGUUCUCCACCAGCACCUGUCCGUAGAUCCCCAAUCAAAUUCACACCACAUCCUUUUGCACCGCCAACUCCUCCGCUGUUUGCUGCUGGAGGCUCAACGCAGGGGUUGUCUUAUCAGCCAGAAGAUUUCGAAUUGGACCCAAGCACCAAGUUCAACUAUCCGCACGAAAGAAUUCUUGCAUCAAAAUGGACACCAUCGAAACGCGGUGAACGUAUUCAGGUCCUUGACAUCAUCCGACAGCACCCAAUCACUGAAGAAACACUCCUAGUUGCUCCGGACGAGCCACGGCGUCAUUUACUUACGCCCGAAAUUGAGCACGAAGUUCAAGAAACUAUGAGACGUUCCAAUAUGCUUUUCCAAACAGAGGAUACCAGGACGCGAGAACUCAUGCGCAAGUAUUACGAAUCGAAACCCGUUCGACCAAAAACUCUCGAUUUUACACCGGAAGAAGAAUUUGGUGAACCUGAAUCAGCUUCAUUUCAACCAUUUUUGCUGGAUAGCAGCCCCGUUAUCGACCGGCAACAAGUGCAGUAUCAUACACCGCCGAGUGUACCACGUGCUGGUACGCCGCGUACGGCUACACCUCCAAUGCCGAGAUCACGAUCAGCUACACCGCGCAGAACACCGCCUCUUGGUGUUACCACCCCACGUACUCCAUCUUCGCGUCCUGCCACUCCGCGCAGUACCACUCCACGAACUCCGGCACCAAGAGCUCCCACACCCGUUCCGAGGCGGAUACCCAGCAUUUCCGAAUGGUUUGUGGAUGACGAAGGCCUACUGGACGAUGAAGAAAUUCAAUUACGGGACGAACUUAUCUACAUACCAAGCCCGGCGCGAGCACCCACGCCUUCUCCAAGGCACACUCAAGAUUCUCAGUACUCCGAUGCUGACGAGUUCCUACUAGAGGACGAAGAAAUUGAAUUCGCCGACGACAUGCCGAGUCCACAGUGGGGCAGCCCCGUUAUGACUCCAGUUCGUACGCCAAGACAGACCGUCUCACCGCGUUACAGUCCAGAUAUAUCACCAGGAGGAACCACCGCUCGCCUUCUCGACGUCGGAGGUGAUAUACCCUUAAUGUCUCCUAAAUCUCCCAGAACCGCAGCCACUAUGAUGGACGACAUCAUGUUGACUACACCGGAGAAGAUGACUAAGAUGGCGAACAUUAUAUCGCAAAUUGAUCAGCAAGUGGUUGAACACAAACGGGUAAUUCAAAGCAUCGAUGAAAUGCCAAGAUCGCCUUCGAUGGAUAACCUUAGAAGUGAAUGUACAAGGGGAUCUGACACGCUCAGAACCAUUAAUUCGCGAUUGAAAUCUAUUCGUGAAUCGGCACGGACUAGUCAAAGGACUCCAGUGGCUCUUCCUGAGCCAGAAGUAAUACCUGAAGAACCGGUUCCAUUCAGUCCCGUUGGUUUAGCACUGGAGUUCCAAGAUCUAUCCGAUGUGAUCAACAAAACGGUAGAAGACGCUCAAAUAAUUCAACAGAUUGCAGAGUCAGUACAGGAGCAAGUUGUCCAAGAAGCUGCAGAUAGAAGUAUAGAUACGGUAGGAGCACUGCAGGAGAUUUCCGAUCAAGUUCAGGAUGCCGCCAAAGAGUGGGGACAGAGAGUCGUCGAUCUUAAUACAUCUUCGCUUGGAUUAAUCGAUGAAGGAGAAAUGGAUGAAGAUUUGCUUGCAAGCCCGGCACGUGAAACGGUGAAUAUAAUGAGCGAUGCCCUGGAUCAAUCUGUCAGAGAAAUGAUUGCUGAGGGUGGUGAUCCACGUUCUCCGGCAGCGCAAAAUUUACAAGUGUCGCUCCGCAACUUCAAGGACGCAUUGCAUAACCUAAGCUUAGAAUCCCCUUCGUUCCUUGACGAAAGCUUCCCGCCAGAUGUCCUUCUGGAUCAAACUAUCGAUGAUUUGGAAACGUCCAUUAAUUUGGAAGCAGCCGCUCUUUCUUCGGUUGUGAAAACUUCGGAAAAUGAAGCGAUUUUGAACAGAGCAGAAGCAAUCGUUGAAGCGAUGAAUGAUGUUUUGGAUGAAGUUCAAACAAUUGAAGCGAUUGAACCUCCGGAAAUGCUGGAUGAUUACAUUGAACCAGCUACCCCACGGAGAGCAGAUAUGGGCUACGAUGACAUUGUGGGAGAGGAUGAAUUCCUCACAACACCGAUGCCUAAAUCAGCAGAAGUUGUUGAAGAAAUGAAACAGGAAAUGUUAGGUCUCCUCGAAAGGGCUCAACAACAACAGCAAGCUCUUUUAGAAGCAAGUUUGGAGAUUGUAGAGAAUUCUGCCGACCCAGCAGCAGUAAUGGCCAGCCAAGAAGUAUCACAAUCAAUCCAGCAUGCCCAAGAGGUUGUAACGGACAUGAUAUCCCGAGUCGCGAGGACACCACCCAUUCUUGAAGAAGAAAAAAAUUUCGGAUGGCUUGGUCCAAUGGCCAUUCAACCAGUUAGUAGGCCACCUAUUUCCGGAAGACGUCAACCUUUGGCUAAAUCAACUCCAAGGCCUGCUCCAAGUAGGAAACCCGUAGCGAGAACGGCUGCUGCCAGACCAGUGGCAGCAAGAGCAACUGCCACUAGGCAAGCACCAUCCAGAGCACCCGCAGCAGCAACAGCUAGGUCAUCAGCAGUUCGACGACCAGCCAGAGGGGCUUCACCCGAAGCCCUAGCCUUACCCUCUGGAGUUCAAGCGCCGAGGCCGCGUGCAGGCUCAGCAACGCCCGUACCCGUUAGACGCCCUCCGCGACCGGUUCCGCUGCCAGGUUCAACACAGCUACCAGCGCAAACUUCUUCGUCGAUCCGUACUAUGAUACCUCGGCCGGGCUCUUCGACGGGUGAGAGAUGAAGAAAUUUGAAUGUUCAACAGUUUAGCAACUAAUGGCGAGUUCUGCAUGAUAAAUUUGUAUAAUAUAUUUUUGAGU